UAAUAAUAAAAAAAUAAAAUACUCGAACCAAUACUCCAAAUUUGUUGGAAUUUUGAUUAUCGAUUCGCACAAAAUUUCAUUGUCCUACCUUUCCCUCUCUUUCGAUACUAUCCCCAUCACAUUUACCAAUUUCCCCUCUUUUCCGACACCCAUAUAUAUAAAAGUAAAACCCCAUGUAGAUAAAACUUCAUAUUCAGCUCCAAAAUCCAUUCUUUGCUCUGAACCUUGACAAUUGGAAUUAUGCACAUAAGCACGAACCCAAAAUCUCAGAAAUCGGAAUACAAAGAUGAUCCUUGGUUAUUCACAGAAGCUAGAACAUAAGAACUAUACCCAGAUGCGAUUAAUCAAUAUCUUGGAAAAUAUAUAAAUGAUUAUUGACUUAUUUUAGUUCUUCUGGUAAAGAAUUGGAGUAUAAAGGUUUUUUUUGAAUGGUAGUAUGACAGCCUAUUGUCCAUGCAAGUUUGAUAUGGGUCGGAAAGUUGCUGGUGGGCCAAUCCAUUUUCAAGAUUGUCAGCUAAGAUAUGUAAAAAUUUCAGGGUUUGGUAUUGGGUUUUCAUAUGGGUAUAGGCGUGGUAGGUUGAGAUGGGUUCAAAGGAGAAGACAGAAGAAGCUUGUUGUCAGUGCUGAGCUCUCUAAUGCUUUCUCCUCUAACGUUGGAUUCGAUUCUCAGCCGCGUGAUAUACUGAAGUUACCCUGGAUUGGCCCUCUACCUGGUGAUAUUGCUGAGAUAGAGGCUUAUUGUAGAAUCCUUCGAGCUGCCGAACAACUUCACAACACAUUAAUGGAGACACUAUGCAAUCCAGUGACUGGAGAAUGUAGUAUCUCAUAUGAUAUACCCUCAGAAGAUAAACAUUUACUGGAGGAUAGAAUAGUUUCUGUUCUUGGAUGUAUGGUAUGUCUUCUAAACAAAGGGAGGGAGGAUGUCCUAUCUGGGAGAUCCUUUAUCAUCAACUCAUUCAGUGAUUUUGAUGUGCAUGUAAUGGAUGAUAAGCUUCCGCCACUAGCUUUUUUCAGAGGUGAAAUGAAGAGGUAUUGUGAGAGCUUGCAUGUUGCUCUUGAAAACUUUAUAACACCUGAUGAUCCUAUGGGCAUUAAUGUAUGGAGAAAGCUGCAAAGACUGAAGAAUGUAUGUUACGAUUCUGGAUUUCCCCGUGGAGAUGACCAUCCCUACCAUACAUUGUCCGCUAAUUGGAAUCCUGUUUAUUUUUCAUCAGAAGAAGAGACACAAUCUGCAAGUUCUGAGGUUGCUUUUUGGACAGGUGGACAGGUAACUGAAGAAGGUCUUAGAUGGCUGUUGGAGAGAGGAUUCAAAACUAUUAUAGAUCUCAGAGCUGAGACUAUAAAGGACAACUUCUAUGAAAAAGUGCUAGACGAAGCCGUUUCCUCUGGAGAUAUUGAAGUACUGAAACUCCCUGUUGAAGUUGGCACAACACCUUCAGUGCAGCAGGUUGAGAAGUUUGCAGCACUGGUCUCUGACGUAUACAAAAGACCCAUAUUUCUCCACAGUAAGGAAGGAGUUUGGAGGACAUCAGCUAUGGUCUCUAGAUGGAGACAAUACAUGACUCGCUGCACAUCACACUUUGUGCCGAAUGCUAAUAAGGAUGUGACCUCCAGAGUGAACUCAUUUUGUGGUAGUAGAGGAACACAGGAGGCAGGCAUGCCAGUUAACUCAGAAGAAAAUAAAACUUCUACUUGUGAAGGUGUGUCUGCAUCUGAUCAAAAAAAUGGGACACUACCUACAAGAUCAAACAGCAUAAACUCUGCUGGGAAACUUUUCAAACAAAUUCCUGAAGCUAUGGAAAACAAAGACCUAAGUAAGAAUGAAGCUGAUGAUACUGUUGAAUUCACUUGGAAAGGCACAUUGCUUACUGCUGAUGGUGCGGUAGUAUCCUAUAAUAAAACAAACCCUCUUAAGUCGCAACUGCCUCCCCCUAAAUUUUUCUCCCGAACUGAGAUGUCUACAUAUUUCAGGAGUAGAAAGGUUUCACCAGAGACAUAUUUCACUCAUGAAAAGAAAAGAUUGGAGGGGCUCCAUGCUUCGAGGUAUUACUACAAGAGAGUACCUAAAGGGAAUGAAAUCAUAGACAGUUACACUGAGGACAGAGCUGUGGAUUCUAGAAAUCCAAAUGGGCCAUCUAGUAAUAUGCGCUUAUCAACGAAACCUUUGAAUUCCUCUGCGAAUAUGGAAAAGUAUGGGGGUCAUAAUGGCUGUGCAGUGCCAAUUUUGAACAGAUUCAAUAAUGGUGAAGUCCAUACCUCUGUUAAAAGCAGUGGUCUUAUUGAUGCAAGUAACGAGUUGGAUGCUAAUGCUGUGUCCUCAGCCACUGCCAUUGAGAGGAGGAACAUUGAGGCCCCCAGGCCUUCAGUUGAUGAUAACAUGGAGCUAAUUGAAGGAAAUAUGUGCGCUUCUGCAACUGGUGUGGUAAGAUUGCAGUCCAGAAGGAAGGCAGAGAUGUUCUUGGUUCGCACAGACGGGUUUUUGUGCAACAGAGAAAAGGUAACAGAAACUUCCUUGGCCUUCACUCAUCCUAACACCCAGCAGCAGAUGCUUUUAUGGAAAUCCACGCCAAAGACCGUACUACUUUUAAAGAAGCUGGGACAAGAACUCAUGGAAGAAGCCAAAGAGGUUGCUUCUUUCUUGUAUUACCAAGAGAAAAUGAAUGUUCUUGUUGAACCUGAGGUGCAUGAUAUAUUUGCACGAACUCCAGGCUUUGGAUUUGUUCAGACCUUUUAUAGUCAAGAUACCAGUGAUCUUCAUGAAAGUGUUGAUUUUGUUGCCUGCCUAGGCGGAGAUGGAGUUAUACUCCAUGCUUCUAAAUUAUUUCGAGGUGCUAUCCCGCCCGUUGUGUCAUUUAAUUUAGGAUCCCUUGGAUUUCUCACUUCCCAUACAUUCGAAGAUUAUAAGAAGGAUCUAAGACAAGUCAUUCAUGGGAAUAGCACUCUGGAUGGUGUUUAUAUAACUCUGAGAAUGCGUCUUCGAUGUGAGAUAUUCAGAAAUGGAAAGGCAAUGCCUGGAAAGGUGUUCGAUGUCCUAAAUGAAGUUGUAGUUGAGCGUGGUUCUAAUCCAUAUCUCUCCAAAAUUGAGUGUUAUGAACAUGAUCGCCUCAUUACCAAGGUGCAAGCUGAUGGGAUCAUAGUAGCCACACCAACUGGAAGUACUGCUUAUUCUACGGCUGCUGGAGGUUCCAUGGUGCACCCAAAUGUUCCUUGCAUGCUCUUCACACCAAUCUGCCCACACUCGCUCUCAUUCAGACCUGUCAUUCUUCCAGACUCUGCAAAGCUGGAGCUAAAGAUUCCAGAGGAUGCACGCAACAAUGCCUGGGUCUCCUUUGAUGGGAAGAGACGGCAACAACUGUCUAGAGGAGAUUCUAUUCGGAUAUGUAUGAGUCAGCAUCCACUUCCUACAGUCAAUAAAUGUGACCAAACAGGUGAUUGGUUUGGUAGCUUGAUCCGUUGCCUGAAUUGGAAUGAAAGACUAGACCAGAAAGCACUCUGAAGAAACUUGGAACUAUCCUGUCCCACAUUUAUGUAGAUUCUUGUACAGUCAUAUAAGAUCAGCAGACUUACAGAAGAUCCACUUUACACUGUAUAAAAUUCGUUUCCCAUGGCUCUCAUAGGUGCAAUUAGUGUUCCCCACUUUUCAUCCUCUUAGCAAUGUUGCAUUUCAA